AGCUCCUCCUUCACAUUCCAGGCCUGCCCAGGCUCCUCUCCAAAGAUUUCGAAAAUGGAGCCUCUCACAGCUACUUAUCCUCUGAAAUAUUCAGUGCCCAAAGCCAGGGUCUUUGUUGUCUUUCUGUCAAUGGUUUUGUGUACCGCCAUUCUCUGCCUGCUGCAACUCAGAUUUUUUAAACCUAAAAUCAAAGAUUUUUAUUCUUUCGAAGUCAAGGAUUCACGAGGAAGGAUCGUUUCCUUGGAGAAGUACAGAGGGAAAGCAACUUUGGUUGUAAACGUGGCCAGUUACUGCCAACACACAGACAAAAACUACAUCGCACUGCAAGAACUACACAGAGAAUUUGGCCCCUCCCACUUCACUGUGCUGGCUUUUCCCUGCAACCAGUUUGGAGAAUCAGAGCCUAGUUCAAGCCAGGAAAUAGAAUCUUUUGCCAAAGGAAACUAUGGAGUAACCUUCCCUGUUUUCCACAAAAUCAAGAUCCUAGGAUCAGAAGCAGAGCCUGCCUUUAAAUUUCUAAUAGAUUCUUCAAAGAAAGAGCCUCGAUGGAAUUUCUGGAAGUACCUUGUCAGCCCUGAGGGUAAAGUUGUAAAAUUCUGGAGACCUGAAGAGCCCAUAGAAAGUAUCAAGCCAGAAGUAGCAUCAUUAAUCAGGCAGAUUAUCAUGAAAAAAAGAGAAGACCUCUGAAAAAGCCAUUCAUGCUGUGAAUCCAUUCAAUAGCAUGGGUACACAGCCUUACUACAUUCCUGGGAAAUGCUGCUAGAAGCUAAAACAUCAGUGAUUUUACUUCUCUUUGGUGUUAGUAUUUUCAGCUAUGCUAUGUCUACUAAUGUUGGAUUGGCUCCUGCAACAGCCUUGAGAACCACUGAGGUUACUGAGAAUGGCAAGGCACUCAGUAGCUUGCAGGGAUGGACCUUCAAUUUGCCUAAGUUUCUGAAUGUUUCUUUAAAUUGCUGACAAUAGCUAAUUACAGCUGUCACCAGCAGAGAGAUGGGUCAAAAGAAGAGGAUUUGUUGAUAAAUUACUCAGUAUUUGCACAGAAGAGUUUUGUUUCCCAUCUACCAGUAACAAAUAAAUUUUGAUAUUCCAUUAACACGUAAUUGCCCUGACUGGAAGACAUGGGGCCCAGAGGCAUCAUAGCAGGGUUUUUAGAGACAAAUGCAACUGAAGGUAAGAGCUUUGCAGUAUCUUGUCAAGGAAGAUUACUGAACUGUGAAGCUGUCGACUUAGUUGUAAAAAACUGUACAUAGAAAAUAUAAUUAUUAAAAGAAAAAGAAAAAAUUGGAAA